AUGGUAGUCGCCUCCACACUUCGCGGCGUUCGCGGUGGCAGCGGUCGGCAGCUCGUCAUCCGCGAUCAGCUCGAAUCGCUCCUCCUCCCCGCAUCCAAAGCCUACCUGCUGGGCUACAUCAUGGACGUGCUCCCUGCCAUCCUCAAAGCGCUCAUCAAGUUCGUCACGGCUGAACUCGCACGCAUUCGGAAAUCCGAGAAACGACUUCGCGAAGAACGCUCGCUCGCCUCGUCGAAACCGCGCAAACGAAACCAGCUCGUGGAAUCCAUCAAACCCAUCCUCUCCUCCCUCCACCGUCUACCACUCUUACUGAAAGCGAUCGCAAAGGCACUGCUGGUGGCGCUGGGGAUGAGGGGUAUGGCGAUCAGCUGUUUCCUCGCCAUGGCGGGGUGGAGGAUUUCCGAGGUGCUCGUCUGGUGGCCUCUCGCCAAAUACUAUGCGCUCAAGCUCACUUCCAGCGCUGCUGAUGAGAAGGCGGUGAAGAGUGCGUUGACGUAUGCGAGGGUGACAUCGACGUUUGUUGCGUCGGCGUUGAGCUCGGCGGGCGCGAUGAUGAUGCUGCAGCACCAGAGCGCCAGCGCACUGCGCAAGAAACAGAUCCAGUCCACCAGUGGUAGUGGAAAGGACUUGUUGACAAUCGAUACGACGCCGGGGUGGAUUCCGAGGAGUUUGAGGCCGAGCAACUUGGGAUUUUUGGGGAGGAGGAUGGCGGUGGGGGAGAGGCAGCAGCCGAGGUUUGCUAGUCUGGCGCCCGCGGGUCACUUUUUGAGCAGACUGACGAGCUUGACUGUGCCGGGGACGCCCGGGUUGGUAGCACCAGGUGGAGGAGGGGGAAGUCCUGGGUUGGUGCCGGCUAGUCCGGAGUCGAGGAGCAGUGCGCUACCGGUCAGUCCGACAGCGGGGACGAUGUUGCAGCCUCCGGAGGCGACGGGGGAUGCUCCACCGGCGUCGCCGGUCCUCCCGGCUGCACCGCAGUUGAAGGUCUCGGAGGUGGACGCGAAACCCACAUCGACGGCGCUCGGCAGACCCAGCCCCACCAUCGACCUCACGCUGUUCGCCCUCGUCCGCGGUCUCGACACGCUCGUCCGUGCGCUCGCCUCCACCCCUACCACCACCACCCUCAAACAGACCGCUACCGCCACCAGAUCUUCCCCCACGCUCCUCUCCCGCCUCGCAUCCGGCAUCGCCACGCAAGCGGACGGCUUCAUCUUCGUCAUCUGCUGCGCCCAGAUCAUGUGGGCCUGGUUCUACCACCCGGAACGCCUCCCCCCUACCUACGUCAAGUGGAUCACCAACCUCGCCACCAUGGACGAGCGGCUUCUGCUGGCGCUCCGCUGCAUCCGACACGGCAAACCGCUGGUGUGGAACUACCAGAGCAAAGCGAUGACUGCGGAGGGGGUGCAUCUGUUGGGAAGUCUGGCGGAGGAGCUGGGACAUCCGUAUCAGUGGGGUGAUCCGACGAGGUUGCCGAAUACGAGCGCGGAAGCGAAGAAGAUGAUCCAGGAAGCGAGGAGGAAGGAAGGGAAGGAGGGGGAGUUUGUGCUGGACGGAGCGGCGGGGGCGAGGGGUAGGGGAGAGAUGGGUGGUAUGCCGUGCGAACUGGUUCAUUGCGGUGCUCACCGGUGCAGCGCGUUCCGCCGCCUUCCUCGCAACGUAUAUUGUCGGAAACUGGUUCCCCAUCUGCCUCGCUCGUUCCGCCCUCCUCCCGCGCUUGUUCCCCAACGUACCGUUCAACUUUUGGGACGCAGGAAUCGGUCCUGCGCUGGGCAGUGUUGCGUGCGGGUUCAGCAUUUUCAUCGAGGAGAGGAGGAAGAGAGCCGAGAUGGCGCUGUACGUGGCACCGAGGGCGCUGUUCGCCAUGGUGGAGGGGGCGAAGAAGGGAUGGUUGAGCGAAGGGGAGAGGACGGCGUUGUGGGCGGAGAGGGCGGCGUUCGGUGCGAGUGUGGGCGUCGUGGUUUGCGCAGCGAGGUACAGGCCGGAUCUGCUGAGAGGAAUCACUGGGGCUAUGGGCUGGGUGGCGAGGAGUAA